GUGUGUUUGGCCCCGCCCAUCAUUUCGUCAUGAAUGUUCGGGAAGCAAAACAGGACUAAACUUCAUCCAGAAAUGGCGUCGGUGUAAAAAGGUUGACGGAGCAUGGAUGACUUGUUUUUUAAAUCGGUGAUACCGGUGCUCGACUACCACCGGCUGGACACCGACACCAGCCUGGCUCUUCCGGGCGAGCCCAGGCUUCAAUCUUCGGCCAAACUUCCCAGCAGUGAUCGGAGUAUGAGGGUCCAGCAGCAGGUCCAACUCACUCUUCUUGCACGGAAGGCAAGAAAAAAUCAAUCUUUUGGCAGCGUUCACUCGGUCAGGACCCUUGACACCAUCGAUGGAUUCUGGCCUAACUCCACAGUAAACAGCUGCUCUCUCGUGUGCACUGAGCAUGUGCGGCAGCCUUCCAGAAGGGUGGAGGUGUCCCCCCCGGCGACACCCGGAACGCCCAAGCGCCAUUUUGUUUUCAAUGGUGGCCACUUUGCCACGAUGUGCACUAUGCCAGGUCGCAGCGCCUCGCACAGGAACUGCUCCCUGCUCGGCCGCCCGCUGGGCUCACAUCAACGCUGCGCCCUCUCUGAGGUCUCUAGAUGGGCGCCGCGUCACGCCUCCACGCCCUCUAACCAGAGCCCUCGUGUCCAGUCGGAGGCGUGGUUCCGUGGGUUGGAGGAUUCCGUCUUCCAUGAGGGGGGCGAUGAAGCAAUGAUGAGGCGGGAGAAGCGUAACAGACUGAACUCUAACCCACCUGUGGCCAUGCAGAUGCAUGCCGGGUGGACGGCGGGGGCCGACGUCCCCCUACACCAGAUUCAAAGCGACAACAUGAAGCCUCCAGAGAUGACGCUAGAGCGAGCCGUCAACCUGCUAACUCGGCAGGACGAGGACACGCUGAUAGAGGCCGCUGCCCACAUCCAGUCUCAAUGCUUGAAGAGCCCCGACGCCAGGAGGAUGGUCUUUUUCCUGCGCGGCAUCAAAAAGUUGCUGCGCCUCCUCCAUAGCGACGAGGAGGAGGUGCAAGGCGCCGCCGCCGGGGCUCUGCGUAACGUUGUCUACCAGAGCAACGAGAACAAGAUGGAGGUGAAGGACAAUGCUGGCGUGGCCGCUGUUUUGCGUGUGCUGAAGAGCAGCCGGGACACGGAAACAAGACGACAGCUGGCUGGCCUCCUUUGGAACCUGUCCUCUCACGACCUCCUGAAGGAAAGCCUCACCAGGGAGUCCUUGUCGGUCCUCACGCAGUCCGUCCUCGUGCCGACGUCAGGCAUUUCUGAAGGGGAGAACCCCAAAGACGAGCUCCUGGCGGACGAGGAAGUCUUUCACAAUGCCACCGCCUGCCUCAGAAAUCUUAGCUCCUGUGGUCCAGAAGGAAGAAAAACUAUGAGGGAGUGUGAGAACCUCAUUGACUCGCUGGUCUACUACACCCGAGGAAGCAUAUCUGACUACAAGAUGGAUGACAAGUCCGCAGAGAACUGCGUCUGCAUCCUGCACAACUUGUCCUACCAGAUGGAGGCGGAGCUUCCUGACAAGUUCGCCAAGAACCUCCUGCAACCACAGCAACAGUUGGAGCCCAAAGCCAAGAAAGUGGGCUGCUUUGCUCAACGCAGCACCAAAACCACAGAGCAGGCCACACGUCAGCACAUGCUCCUGGAGGAGAAGGCCAACCCGCAUGGGAUGGAGUGGCUGUGGAGCUCCAUCACCAUCCGCAUGUACUUGUCGCUCGUCGUCCGUAGCAUGCGUCACUACACGCAGGAGGCGGCCAUCGGAGCCCUUCAGAACCUCACGGCCGGGAACGGCGCGGUGACUGAGGCGAUCGCCUACUCCAUCGUCCACAAGGAAAGCGGCCUCCAGCAUGUGAGAAAAGUGCUGCAGGAGGGCGAGCGGGACGUCAGGAGGACGGCCGUGUCGCUCAUCAAAAACUUGUCUCGCUUCUCCGAGCUGCACGCCGACAUUGUUAAGCAGGUGUUGCCAGAUGUGGUGGAGCUGCUGCCCAAUAACGACACAGGCAGAGACCUUCCCUCAGACGUGACGGCGUCCUUGUGUCACGUCCUCAACAACCUGAGCCAGAACAACGUGAACAACGUCAGAGACAUGUUGAACCAGGGCGCCCUCCGCAAGAUCUGCAACAUCAGCAAGAAGGACAACGGUUAUGGACCAAGCAGAGCAGGUUUGGCUGCUUGUCUCCUGCUGCACACCAUGUGGAAGCAUACUGAGCUCCAUGGGACCUACAGGAAGUGUGGCUUCGGGAAAGCAGAUUUUAUUAACGCCAGGACUAAAAAGGCUGUUAACUCCAUCCAGGACUGAAGACAAAACACCAGACAUCAUUUGUCUACCAAGAAAAACCAUGAGUUUGAACAUUUGAUCACUUUUUAAGUGUGCUGAGGACAUUUUUUGUUUUCUAACAAUACUUUGUACUUUUAUGUUACCAUAGCAGUAGUUUGACAGGUAAAUAAGGACAUCAACAACAGUUGAUAUUGAACUAUUCAUGCAACUUAAUACAAGCUAGCGUCUCUACUUCCGCUAGUGAGCGAUCGAACUUUCAAUUUCACAGAUGGUCUACAUUAAAAUGUGUUCUAAUGAACAUUAUGAAUGAAUAACGUAAAAAAAACAGGUAAGUGACGUGGAAGCCGCAUGUGGGCCACAUUGGGGGCUGUGCGCAUUUACACUGAAGUCUGAUAAAGACCACAAUUUACUUUCAGUGUAAAAAGUCAGCUGAAAAAAAUCAGAUAUGGAAAAAAAUCAAAUUUGGGCCAUUUUGGCCUGCAGUGUAUGAUGAGGAUGAUGGGAAUACUCGUAGUACUUUGGUUACUUCAGGUAGUAACUACACAUUGUAAAUGAAACAUUUUUGGGCUUCAGCCUUGGGAGGCCUGGGUAGGAUUUAACAGGGUUUUUUUGGUCUUUUUUGGGGGGGCGAUAUUGAUAUUAGAUAUCGGUCUGAUAUCAAAACAAAAGCAAGCAAGUAUGUAUGUGAUGGUAUGUGCUUGUAUGUCAAAUGUGUAAUACCAUGUUUGAUACACAAGCAGCUUGGACCUACAAGGCCAACAGGUCCACAGAGGAUAUCACCUCCACAAUGUCCACACCACUAUGCACCACCUGGACAAUCCUGGGACCUCAGUAAGGAUGAUCUUCAUAGAGUUCAGUUCGACUUUAAGUCAUCAUCUCAAAAAUCCUCACAACCAAGAUGGCCGACUUCGAUCAAAGAUUUUCUCACCACAGUCUGCCAGGAUGGGGAGAAGCAACACCUUCAGAACAUUUCUCUCCUAACAAGGAAGACACAGCCUACAGAGACGAGGUACAGCCAUUACAGAAUGGAUAAGUGACUGAAUGAAUGAGUGACUGCAUGAAUGCACUAAUACAUUAAUAAGCGACUAACAGAAUGAGUGACUAAAAGAAUGACUAAAUUAAUUAAUGAUUCAGUGACUAACCAAAUGAAUGGCUGAGUGACUGACUUAAGGGCCUACUGAAAUGAAUUUUUUUUAUUUAAACGGGCAUAGCAGAUCCAUUCUAUGUGUCAUACUUGAUCGUUUCGCGAUAUUGCCAUAUUUUUGCUGAAAGGAUUUAGUAGAGAACAUCGACGAUAAAGUUCGCAACUUUUGGUCGCUGAUAAGAAAAGCCUUGCCUGUACCGGAAGUAGCGUGACGUCACAGGUUGAAAGGCUCCUCACAUUUCCCCAUUGUUUACACCAGCACUAAAAUUGUUUACACCACCACUAAAAUAGGCCCUAGUGUGUGAAUGUGAGUGUGAAUGUUGUCUGUCUUUCUGUGUUGGCCCUGCGAUGAGGUGGCGACUUGUCCAGGGUGUACCCCGCCUUCCACCCAUGUGCAGCUGAGAUAGGCUCCAGCACCCCCCGCGACCUUGAAAGGGACAAGCGGUAGAAAAUGGAUGGAUGGAUACAAAUCAAAUCUAUUAUUGUUAUGAAUGUAUGGGUGACUGAAGAAAUAGCUGAAAAAUGAAUGAACAAUUGACAGAAUGAAUGAAUGGGUGACUGAAUAAAUGGCUGAAGAAUGAAUGAAUGAA